CCACCUCUAGCGGUCCAAAAAAAAAUAAAAAAAAAUCGAAUUUCAGGAUUAUCAACAAUAAAAAACCCCCGAAAUAGUUAAUAAAAAAGUGACAACGUUUCGCGAAGCGUUUGGAAACAGUGACCGGAAGUAGACGACUUUAAUCGCGGAGUUUUGAGCAGUUUUAGGCAAAUAGCAAACACUGCACACACACACACACUUGCACGAACAGAUGAAAAUCUGGAAAUUGUCGUUUUUCUUUUAAUUCAACGCAGCAGUCUUUGUGAUUUGGUAUUACAAUUGAAAUCGGUAAAUUAGAGCACACAUUCGGCUUACGAAAGAUCCCCACUAACUUCUCCAUCCGGAAACAAGAGAAACUCGGUUUUCGGUGGGUGAAAGGAACCACUGAGGUCGCAUUUUCUGCGACGACAUCUCGGACAAAGAACACAUAGUUUUUCGUGAUUUGUGUGGAACGGUCAAACGCACAUACAAAUCCGGAGGUGUCGCCUAUGACGCACACUUUUCGCCCCCAAGAAAGUGUUUGAUCCACCCGAUAGCCAGCAACAAAGGAGAGGAGCACAGUGAGGGGCACGAAAAUAGCAGCGCACCACCAUGACAAUCAAGCCAGUGAGCGCACCACCGAGUGCGAAGCGCGUGGCUGGCAAUGUGGAUGCGGAUAACAAGGAGGCCCAGGUGGUUGUGGUGGAGCAGUCGGUGGUCAGCCAGACCCACAGCCAUGCCCACACCCACAGCCAUCGCAACGUCGUCAUCGAUGGACAUGGGCAGAGUCCCCAGAGGCGUGGCGAGGUCUACGACGAACUGGCACGCACCCAUCGCUGCAGCCCCCACAAGAGCACACGUUCGAAGCGUCGUGACCACCACGAAACCCAUGCCCACCACUACAAGCGCGAUCGUCUGGAGCGUGAGAAACUGAACCACCCGGCGGCGGUGGCGGGAAGCGGAGCACCCGGUGUCUCCGGCAGCAAGUGCAACAGUCCGCCGUUGGCUUCGACCUCUGGCAGUAGCAGUCCCUCGGCGGUGGGCAGGAAUUCGCCCGAACAUUUGGGGCUAGGCUGCGCCACAGCACCGAAAGCACAGGUUCAGAUGUCGCCGGCCACGGCGGCUGCCAAUCUGCUGAAAACAGUGGAGGAGACGUUCUCCGGCUACAACAGCGGCGAUGAGCAUCUUCAGCCCAAGGAGCGCUUGAUUCCGGUGGAGGAGUGGCAGCGCCGCGACGUGGAGUUCGCCAAGUGCAUGGAACAGCGCGGCUACGAACUGAAGCCCGUCGAGGAGGACGGCGCCUGCCUCUUUCGCUCGAUCUCGCUGCAGAUCUACGGCGACGAGGAGAUGCACGACGUGAUCCGGCAACACACCAUGGAUUACAUUCACGAGAAUCGCGAGUACUUUGGUCAGUUUGUCACUGAGGACAUCAACAGCUAUAUACAGCGCAAACGAGCUAGAGACGCUCAUGGCAACCACAUCGAGAUCCAGGCGAUAUCCGAGAUCUACAGCCGCACCGUUGAAGUAUACUGCUACCAGUCAAAUCCCAUCAACAUUUUUAACUCCGAGCAGUCGCAGGCAGGCUAUCCCCCCUUGCGUUUGUCCUAUCAGCGCGGAUCCCACUAUAAUGCUAUUCUAGAUCCCUACAACGCCACCGUUGGCGUGGGCCUGGGCUUGGCUGGUUACAAGCCCGAGAUCCAAACCAAAGAGGCAGUGCGUCUCAGUGAGCAGUUGGAAAUCGAACAGACCAUGUUCGAGGAUAAGCUAAAGACAACCGACUGGGAAGCCACCAACGAAGCCAUCGAGGAGCAAAUUGCUCGCGAGUCCUACCUGCAGUGGUGCCGCGAGAAUAUGCAGCGCUCGCGCAGCAGCAACACGGCCGCAGGAUCGGCCACAUCCUCGACGGUUACCUCGGCAGAGGCGCUCACCGAUUCGGAUGCCUCGCCCUCGAAGUACUCGGUGUGUGGGGGCACCGGCAGCAGCAGCAAUCCGCCUGUGACCCUGACCAGUGGCAGUGGUAGUGGUGAUGCCGCAGCCCCCGCCUUUUCCCUGUCACCGAAAACCCUCGGUCAGUUUAGCCACAAGCUGCCACCGGAGGUGAACGAGCUGGCCGGCUACGACAGUGAUGCCACAGAUAUGAGUAGCACCAGUUCGGUCGGACACUGCGGCGGCAACUCAUCGCCCAGCACAGCUUCUGGCCAGCGUUCCGGCAAGGGAUCUAAGUCACAGCGACGCAGCACUGCUCUUAGAAAGAAGCGACGCCACGAAAGUCGCGAGGCGCCUUUGGCUAGCAAGAGCGCCGAGGUUUUGGAGGCCCCGCUUAGGAAGAGUCCGAAGCGUGAUUCCGCGCCGUCUGUGGCCCGUGCCGAUACGCCUGAGGCUGAGCAGCGGCCCUGCACGUCGAAGCAGUCGUCUUCGCCACAGAAGAGCGGGGACGCCAAGGAGCAGAGUUACUCCAACUUCUACCAGGAGUUGCUGGAGGCAUCCUACGCCGAUGAGGGAGUCAACGAGAGCGAGAUGCUGCAGCAGGCCAUCCAGAUGUCCACACGCGACUACAUGGAGGACCAGAAGCGAAAGUUUCUCUGCGGACCGUAGUCACGCUACGUUCUUUGUACAGUGAUUAAGCAGUUCUUUCCGCAACGAAAGCAAAACACAAAUCUUACCAAAAAACAAAAUUAAUACGCAGAAAUUAUCUACGAUCUUGAAUGUUGAUAGGUGGGUGUAAAACGAACUUUGCAAUUUGUGCAAUGGUAAUCGAAGCACUCCCGCUUUUACACAUUUACACUCUCACAUAACACUAUCCUUAUAAAUAUUAUAAACAUAUAUUUUUUAAUAAGGCCUCCUCCUCGUGUAAUCAUUAGAACCCAAAUUAAAAAUCCUUGAAAGGAUAGUUAUGGAAUUUUUUUUGAUUUGAACGUGUAUAAAGCACAAAUUUUGUUAAGCCCUAACCUGUCCGCUCUUAUACCAUGAAUAAAUAUACCCUCCAUGCCACGUUCCUUUUCCCAUUAAAUUAAUGCCUACUUUGUAAUACAUCAUAAUAUUAAGCUUAGUAAAGUAUGCAUGCAAUGGACGGUAAAUCAAACCUGCUCGUACAUAAAUAAACAAUAUAAAACCAAUACACAGACAUACAGAUACAUAUACAGAAUACAGAUAAUAAUACGGAUAAUGCUAUUGAUUAAUUAUUUAAUUGACUACAAUAAAUGGUGCAUAAUAAUCGUAAUUUAUGAGUAAAUAAAGCAAAUAAAUAACCCUAAAAAUG